AUGUCGUGGCAAGGAUACGUUGACCAGAGCCUUGUCGGCUCGGGCCACAUCGACAAGGCGGCCAUCAUUAGCGCCGCCGGAGACAGCACUUGGGCCACAUCGGCCGACUUCACGAUCGAGCCCGCCGAGAUGAAGACUAUUGCAGACAUCCUAGACAACAAGGCUGGCGCGCAGGACAAGGCACAUUCCGAUGGCAUCUACAUUGCCAAGGAACGCUACGUCGUGGCCAGGAUUGACGACAACACCAUUUACGCCAGACAGGGCCGAUCCGGUGUCGCCAUCGCAAAGACGGCACAGGCCAUCCUAAUCGGCCACCACAGCGAGGCCACACAGGCCGGGAAUGCAUCGCAGACUGUCGGCGCCCUAGUGGACUACCUGAAGCCUCUGGGAUACUAA